AUGGCACAUGCGCACUGCUGAGCGAUCGAGAACGCGGGAAGUAAGAUGGCGGCGAACUUGAGCAAAUCUAGCGCCAUGGGUUCGUGUAUGAAUGGCCAUAUCACACGAGACGAUAGCUCGAUGUCUGAACUGCCACAAAAUCACGAAAGAGUAGUUAUUCUAGAUGCUGGAGCGCAGUAUGGAAAGGUCAUUGAUCGAAGGGUGAGAGAGCUCAAUGUAGAGUCUGAUGUUUUACCUCUUGACACAUCAAUCAGUACAAUACAAGAAAAAGGUUACAAAGCUAUAAUAAUCUCUGGUGGUCCCAAUAGUGUUUAUGCUGAAGACGCUCUGAAAUAUGACCCGGCGUUAUUCACUAUUGGGAUUCCCAUACUUGGAAUAUGUUAUGGGCUACAGAUGAUGAAUAAAGAAUUUGGUGGAAGUGUUGUGAAGAAAGAUAGCAGAGAGGACGGAGUGUUCAACAUAACAGUCAAACCUUCAUCAGCAUUAUUCAGAGGGCUGGAUCCUCACCAGGAGGUGCUUCUAACUCAUGGUGACUCACUUGACAGAGUUGCUACUGGAUUCAAGAUUAUUGCGCAGUCUGGUGACAUUGUUGCUGCUAUUGAGAAUGAAUCACGUAAAUUGUAUGGGGUGCAGUUUCAUCCUGAAGUUGACCUGAGUGUGAAUGGCUUAGCAAUGCUCAAGAACUUCCUCUAUGGGGUAGCUGGAUGUUGUGGUACAUACACUGUAGGGAGCAGACUUCACACAUGCCUCAGAGAGAUCCGGCACACUGUUGGCAACCACAAAGUACUGGUCCUUGUCAGUGGAGGUGUGGAUUCAACAGUUUGUGCAGCACUUUUACAUAAGGCACUUGGCCCUGAUAGGGUAGUAGCAGUUCAUAUUGAUAAUGGCUUCAUGAGAAAACAAGAAAGCAUGCAAGUUGAAGAAUCUCUCAAGUGCCUUGGACUCAGACUAAAAGUUUUGAAUGCUGGUUUUCAAUUUUACAAUGGAUCUACAGUGAUAUCAGGAAGGAAAGAUCAGAUAGCUGUAAAGAAGCAGCUUACUAAAACCCUUAACCAAGUAUCAGACCCAGAAGAGAAAAGAAAAAUUAUUGGAGAUACUUUUAUGAAGGUCGCAAAUGAUGUUGUGAAAGAGCUGGAACUUGACCCAAACCUAACGUUUCUUGCACAAGGGACUCUUAGACCAGAUUUGAUUGAGAGUGCAUCUCACAUAGCAAGUGGGCAAGCAGAUGCAAUUAAAACACAUCACAAUGACACUGAGCUAGUACGAGUCCUGAGAGAAAAGGGCCGUGUGGUGGAACCCCUGAAAGACUUCCACAAAGACGAAGUGAGACAGCUGGGACUUGAGCUUGGCUUACCAACCGACAUAGUACAUAGACACCCCUUUCCUGGCCCUGGGUUAGCAAUUCGCAUUUUGUGCGGCGAGGAGCCCUAUCAAGAGAACGAUUUUGCAGACACCAACAUAAUUCUUGGACAGAUUGUAGACUAUGCUGCCGCUGUUGUAAAGCCACAUUCAUUGUUUGUGCGCGUCCGUAACAGUACAAAUGACGAAGAAAAGGAGCGACUCCUCAUAAUAACCUCCAAGUACAAGAUCGCGGCGUCCUUGCUCCCCAUUAAGUCUGUUGGGGUGCAGGGGGAUGGUCGAUCGUACAGCUAUGUGGUAGCGCUCUCUAGUAACGAUAAGCCAGACUGGGAGUCUCUGAUGUAUCUGGCUAGGGUCAUUCCUAAGGUCUGCCACAAUAUUAACAGAGUUUGCUAUGCGUUCGGUAAGCGGAUCAAGUUCCAGAUCCAAGAUAUCACGACGACAUACUUGACUCUUGGCGUACUGAGUCAGUUAAGACAGGCUGAUCACGUGGCACACUCGACACUCAGCGAGCACGGUUGUGCUGGCAAUGUUAGUCAAAUGCCGAUAGUGUCGAUACCAGUCCACUUUGACCGCGAUCCUAUCGACCAUAUUCCUUCAUGUCAGCGGUCGAUUGUCAUCAGAACGUUCAUUACCAAUGACUUCAUGACUGGAAUCCCCGCAACUCCGGGAAAACACAUUCCAGUCCAGGUUGUGGAGGGAAUAGUGGCCGCCAUCCAGAAAGUCCAGGGAGUGUCACGUGUUCUCUAUGACUUAACGUCCAAGCCUCCAGGAACGACCGAGUGGGAAUGAGUACCGGCUUUUGAUACUAAACUCGGGCGAUGUACUGUGACGAAAUAUAGCUGAGAGUCGAGAACUGGUCAUGUGAUUGAAGCGUCAUUGGAGAUAUGCGCGAAUUCAAGACCGAGACAUUUGUAAAUAUCAGUGAUAAGCUGUUUUCUGACAAGCUCAAUUUUGAAUCAGCUCACACCGCAAAGGACGAUGGGAAGAUAGAACAACAUCCCUUCCGCACCUUAUGAAAAUGCCCAAUUUGUUGGCAUGGCUGACUGCUGUUUACUUGGAAUAUUGUUUUUGCGUUUAUUGUUUUGAGCUGCGUCUUCAUCAAGAUGACGGCGUUUUUUUGUUUUUGUUUACAAGUCAAACUUUUCCUCUUAUUAAUUUGGCUACAAAAUCGGUCACAGUUGUACCGUGUUCUUUUAUUUAUUUGCUUAAUGCCUUUCCAUAUUGGGAACAUUAUCAUAUUGGGAACAUUAUUGAGCCCUUAUUUGGAUUAGCUCUCUAAUCCUUGAAAUCUUUACAAAAUCCUAACACGCAUUUCUUUCACCCAGAAAAAAUAAAAGCAUGUUCAAAAUAAUUUUCACAAAAUUGUUUCCGUUAUUCUUGGUAUGUACUGUCAAUAAUUAUUUUCAGAAAGAUUUAUUUGGGACACGCGUAUAUUCCGGGGCUUUGGUACAUUUUUCAAAUCUUCAAUUUCAAAAAUUGAAAGUAAAAGUGUUUUAGUUUCUUGUAGAAAAUAUAGAUUUAUUGUUUACUGUAUACAGAUUGGAUUAUGCCGGCUUGUUGGGAUUUUGUAAAGAGUACCGCCGUCUUUCAUAGCUAGAUAUUUAAGAGUCAAGGAAAGAGAAAACCUUGAGACAGAAGAAAGAGAGCUAGAACGUCUGCUCAGUCGCCGUCUUUAACAAGUAUAAUUGCAGUAAUGCUGGACGUCUUUGAACUAAAUAAUUUCUCCGUAGUAAUUGUGUGCUUAGGUAAUUUGAUCAGACUUCAUGUUUACCCAUAGAA